UAGUUCCCACUAAGCUGGGGCCCCGUGAGCAUCAACGAGGCUGUGGGUAUAAGGGCCUAUCCCGGGGCCUGGCACACCAGAGGCCCCAGAUGGACAGACUGAUGGGUGGACGGAUGGACAAAUGGAUGGAUGUGCCCUUUCCCUUCUACCCCACUUCUCAAGAUCCGACUACUUCCCAGGGCCGUGCCCCUGCCAGCAGCUGAUGCCAGCCCCAAACCCUGACCCUGACCCUGACCCUCACUCACACUGCUCCCUGCAGAGUCUCAUGAGCACCUCCUGGAGCCAGUGAAUGAACUGGCGAGUACGUGCAUCUGCUUUCUGUCCCCACCAGCCACCCGCCUGAGCGCCACCCCGCCUCUGUGGUCUGGUUUGGCUGGUCCUGCUGGCUCUGUCGGUCUUUGACUCCUGUCCACCCUGGCUCAUCCAGCCUUGACAUCAGAGCCAGCCCUGACCCAAGGCAGGGGAAGACCCACAGGAGGGGAGCCACAGGGAGCGGCAGGAGGCUCACUGGGCGCGGCCUUGUUUCCGGUUGGUCGUGGGAGUGAGGCCGACCUACCAACUCAUCCAGCGGCUCCUUGAGAAAGCUUGGGGAGGGAGGUGGAACCCAGGAACCCACCCUACCACCUGGAUUUCUGGCUCCUGACCCUGGUUCUUCCCAACUGCCUGGGAGCAGGGUCUGAUUCUGCCCAGCCCCAGGAGCCACCAGAUCGAGGGGUGGCCGAAAGCCACUCGGGCUGCCAGAGCAGACACAUUAAAGCUCUCCUGGGCCGGAAGGGCUGACCCCCUUGGGGUGGCCACCUGUACGGCCCCCACGGUGCCCCAGACCCCACCUCUAAACCCCCAGCUUUUGGCAGAACUGUGUGGCUGGUUCCUGGCUCCCAUGAAGCCUGGCUCUUGCUCUCAGGAGGGCCCUUCUGGGCUGUCACCCAUCAUAGGGACCCUCUUAAUACCGGGGCCCUUUCUGCUCCCCACCCCCCAGCACUGGGCAAACACGCACAGGUCCUGGGCCCUGCAAUACGGUCAUGAUAAUAACCAGGGACCAAGGUCCCUCGUGGCUCCCAGAGAGGCAGGCAGCUCACAACCGCCCCUUUUAGAGGGAGGCCCACUUAACAGGGAAACUGAGGACCAUACGUUCUGGCUCUCUGGACGCAACUGGUCACCUAGCUCACCCCCGGGGGCGUGCUGGUGAAGGCCUCUGGGUGGGCCCAGCUCUGAACUCCUUUGCGUGUUAGGGGUGGGGCUGGGCUCGCUGGCCUGUGCCAGACUCUCCUUCCUGCUCCCCCAAGGAGACCAGGGGCUGUGUGCUGUGUGCCAACCGUCUUAUGUGAUCCCCAAUUUUAUACUUUGGGGACCAGGAAAGAAGUUCAUGAGAUUAAGCUAGGCUCUCCGGAGACCACACAGCCAUCAGCCUUGGGGCCAGGCUGGACCCCAGUGCUGUCCGGGCCCCAGUCCAGCUCCUCAGCUGAGCUGGCUGCGGGGUGACUGUGUGGGGACCAGGCGGGGCGGAGCAGCUGCAGGUAUAAGAGCAGCCGGGCGCCCUGGGAGCCAGACCUCUCCCCAGGAGAACAUGAGGCUGCUCCUUGGGCUCCUGUUGGCAGCUGCCUUGAGCCUGGAGCUAGCAGCUGCCCAGGCCUUGCAGUGCCACCAGUGCAAGGGCUUCGGAGGAUGCGCCCAGAAGUCCAAAUGCCCAUCCAGGUCCAGCCACUGCAUCAGUAUCGCCACCCGGGCCCCCAGCAACUUCCCGGACCUGCCUCUUGUCACCAAGAUGUGCUACAGAGGCUGCCCUGACAUCAACACCCUGGGCCUGGGCCCCUACGUGUCCAUCGUCUGCUGCCAGGCCAGCCUCUGCAACCGUGACUGACCGCCCCCGCUGCCCCCAGCUGCUCCCCCGCCCGCCUCACAGAGCUCCCAGCCAGUCCGGCCCCCAGCAGACACUACUCCUGAGGCAGCUGGGAGGGCACUGGGGCUGGGGGCGCGGGAGGGGCGCCCCAACUCAGGGCAGGAGUCCAGGAAGCCCAGGGACCCAGAGGCUAUGCUGGGGUGGGUCAGAGGAAGGGAGGCCAUGGCAGGGAAUGGAAGGAGAGAACACAGAUACUCUAGAGGCGUGCCGGCCCCCACCACGCGCACACACAUGCGCACGUGCACAGCCAGGCGCACACACACACCUGGGCAGCUGCUCCUAGAGAAACCUGCUCCUCCUUGGCCGGGAAUCUGUGCUGCUUCACAGCCCCCGCUGCUCCUCCCCUCCUGCCUCGCUUCUUUCUCCCAGAUCCCCCUCCUCUCUGCCAAGCCCCUCCUGCCCUGAAACCUUUCCCCCGCCCCCCCCCACAGGAGUCCCUCCAGCCCUGUGACUGUUCACCUCAGGGUAGACACAGGGAGGCCUUAAGCUGAUGUCUGUGAUGGUCACUCACUCACUGAGUGAAUGUUUAAUCCUGGCUGCAACCAGGCCCCAGGCUCAGCCUUGGGCUGCAAGGUGGAGGAGACCCCCCAGGUCACCCCCAGGCACCCCACCUGGCCCUCUUCUGGGCCCUUGUUCGCGCGGAAGAAAACAUAGACAGGCCAGUGAAAUUGUGCAGCCGGCGGGCAGGGAGAACCGAUGUCCCAGCAGAGGGUGACCAGCACCAAGGCACAUGGAGGGCCCUGACCAGGAGACACAGAGAGGGCUGGGGGCCCCAACCAGCCCCUCUGCGGGCCGGACUGGCAUCCCUAAUGGUGGUCCUUCAUGUCAGGGGGACAAUGUGCAGGAGGUGGGGAGCUGACCGCCACGGAGGAGAAAGCAAGCCGACUGCUCCCACCCGCACGCCUGCUGCACUGAAAGCCAUUCCAAUUGAACCAAAGUUUUAAGCGUCAAAAGAAAGAGAUUCUUUUCAGAUGAUGGUUCAGAAUAGAAAGCGAGACGCGUCCUCCAAAUGGCUAAACACAGUUACUGUCUGACCAGCAGCCCUGUCGCUAGGCAUCGACCAGAGAAAGGGACACGGCAACGUGUCCAUAACAGUCACAGGGUGGCCCCUGAACUGACGAAUGAAUAAACAAACGUGGUCUCUCCAGACAAUGGGCUAUUUUUCAGCCACGAAAAGAAACAAAGUACCGACAAGCAACAACACGGGUGAGAGCAUGACACUCAGGGAAAGACAGGUCCUGGGGUUCAUUUACGUGAAAUGCCCACAGCGGGCAAAUCCACAGAGACAGAAUGCAGAUCAGCUGUUUGCAGGGGCGGCAGGAAAACGCGGGAUGGGGUGGCAGCCAAAGGGUUUCUUUUUGAGAUGAUGAAAAUUUUCCAAACCUGACCCUGAUGGUCGAACAUACCUGUAAAUAGGCCCAAAACGCUUCACACGGGUGAAC